CGCUUUUCAUCGGGCGGCAUAGUGGACCGGAGUUAUGAGCGCGCGUCAGCGUCCGGCAUCCUCGUCCUCCCCUCAUCCUUUUCUCUCAUUUUGCUCGACGUCGCCAUGGCUCUCGUCAACGAGGAAGACACGCACAUGCAUCUGCGCUCGGCGACGGAAGGCUUUGACUACCUGUUUUCGAACGACCUCGCAAAGGCACGCGAGACGUUCGCCGAGGCUGACUCGCCGUUCCACCAGCUUGGCCUCGGUGUCUGCGCCUUCCUCGAAGCUGCACUUGGCAUGGAGACAGCCCUGCUGGCAGAAGCAACACGCUGUCUCUCCGCCUCGGAAGCGGGCUCUAAGCGACAGCUCAAGGCGUUCAAGUCCGCGAAACCCAGCGCAUUUUUCCCGCCCGGCACAGAAUGGGAGCUGCUGCACUCCGAUGCGGUCAUCUUGCUGGGCCUCAACCACGCCCUCAGUGAAUCAUACAUGGGAUACCUCCAGUGCUUGUAUGCGUUGAACAGCGCUCAUUCCAAGUUCUCAAAACUCUAUAAGACCGUCUAUCCUACCGGGCUCGACGACUUUGCCACUCCUGUCCCCUCUAUGCCGUCGUCCCGCGCGCCCAGUGUGCGCUCCGCUGCGUCCUCCUCCCUUUCCGUCGUGACCAGUCACUUGACGACCGCUGCGCGCACAGCCCCGCCGACUCCUAAGCGGUCAGGAUUUUUUAGCCGACUUACCGGUGGAGCCGUGGGUCAUGCACCGUCUGCUCCACCAAGCUUGCCGUCGAGCCCGACGUCUUCCAUGGGUAAUGGGGGGCUGGCACCGAGAGUAGAGGAGGGAUCAAUGGACGAGCUCAUCCUGUCAGGCACUGCGUUUGGAUAUAGGUUAUUCAACCUUGUAUUCUCGUUGCUGCCCGCGAAGAUCAGGGGCGUAGUCGGUUUCCUCGGCUUCAAUCAUGAUCGACGACUGGCCCUCCGUGCACUCGCCGUGUCAGCUACACAUACGGAUGUGCACGGUAUUUUUGCAGGGUUGGCACUUAUGACCUACCAUGGGGUCGUGCUGCUCUUGUCCGGCUACCAAGCAGACGAGCAGCACAUUCUACGGCAGUAUCGUGCGAUCGUCGACAAGAUCUCCACACGGUAUCCGGCUGGCUCACUGUGGAUAUUGAACCGCGCGAAGAUUCUGCGCAUGUCGUAUGACACGGAGGGUGCGAUCAAGGUGCUGCAAGAAGGGCUCAAGCCCGAGCGGCCACACACGUUUGCACAAGCGGAUGGGCUCCUCAUCUUCGAGCUCGCAUGGACGCUCCUGUCGCAGCGGCGCUACCAAGAAGCUGCAGACACGUUCAUCGAGAUGACGAGGAUUAAUAGCUGGAGCCAUGGGACGUACUACUUCAUCGCGGCGGGCUGCUAUGUCUCUCUGAAGAACUAUAUCAAAGCGACGGAGCUCUUAGAGGAGAUACCGGCGCUGUUGGACAAGAAGAAGAUUGGAGGGAAGGACUUGCCGACGGAGGUGUUCAUCAAGAAGAAGCUGGCGUUCUACAAGGAGAAACAAAAGCGACUAACUGGUUCGGAAGCGAACUAUGUGCAGUGUAUCAAGAUCAGCCCUGCUGAAGAGCUAGCCAUUUUCUGGAACACGCACGCACGCAUCACACGGGAAGUCGCGCUCGAGCACAUAGCUGAGCUGAGCGUCCUCACGCCGCACCCCACCAUCGAGAGUCCGCUUAUCACGCCUCCAUCGCCGGCAUCAGCGGCACCCUCUGCCCUCCCGACAGCGCCUGCCCCCGACCUCGACACGGCAGACGAGCUGGCAGUGCGUUCGCUUCUCCUUGGCAUCGUUCAUAGGACGGCCGGCCAGUUUGUCUCCGCACGAGCGUUCCUUUCGGACGCGCACGCUCGACACGUGUCGAUCAAGGUAAGUACAUGGGUAGGCGGCGUCGCGCUGUUCGAGCUGGCGGUGCUCGAUUUGCGAGAGGCGCAGGCGCGUCUCGAAGGUGUGCCUGGGAUAGACGGGGUGUCGCAAGAUAGCAGCGAGACGGUCUCGGAGAGCGAGAAGCGGGGGGCAUGGAAGAAGGCCUUGCGCGAGGCAGAGAGCAAACUAGACAAGGCACUCGCGCUCGCGACGCAGCAGGUGGAUUUGUCUUCGAGGCUAGAUAGUCGUAUCGCGAUGUUGCGCGACGAGAUUGUGAUGAAGCGGGAGAUGCUUGCAGGGACUGCGUAACUAGAGGGACAGCGAGGACAUGGACGUUUAUUUCACUGGACGCGUUUUGGCGGACGGCAUUUAGGUACAACGUAAUACACAAUGAUUUGUAUAGAGCAAUAUCUAUUGACAUGCGUUGCGGCAUACAUAGACGCCG